GUUUCUUUGCCAAGUUGACACGCGAUUGCUACGUCAAAGUCGUUGAGACUAUCGCCCUGGCCUUAUCGGCACCACCGCCGUCACUGUUGCUCGCUUUCACCAUGAGGAAGAGUACCAGAACGUGCCGCUUGCAAGGGCUCGGGUCGGAUGUCACCGAAGAUCGCCUGAACCAACUUGCCGAAGACUUAUGCGCGAAGCCGCGAGGGCUCAAGACGUCAGUCAAGGCGUCUCUGAAUUCAGUCAGCCAAACUUUUGGGCUAUCACACGGUGAUCAGUCGCCUGUAAUUUUGGGCACCAACUUGACGAUACGAGACAACGUUCAGACCGCCACUAUCACGUACAAUUCUCAGACCAAGAAGCAAAGAGCAACGAAAUCCUUUCGACCUUCUAAUGAGUGCGCAAAUGUGGAUGACGAGUUUGAAGGAGUGACGGUGCUCUACGGAGGAAAUGAAAUGCCUAUAGAUUUAGACAUCUGUGCCGUUCAUGGACUCGAUGGGCAUGCAUUCGAUACCUGGAUGGCAAAAACUAAGAUGUGGCUCCGAGACUACUUGCCCCAUGAGUUUCCAAAGAGUCGCAUAAUGACGUUCGGCUACAACUCAAAUUUGAUGGAUGGCAAAAGUAUCAACCAUGGGUUGAAAGACUUUGCCGAUUCGUUAAUUGACGGCCUUAAAUUUGUCAGAGCUACCGAUGACGAGAAACGCCGUCCAGUUUUGUUCAUAUGUCAUUCGAUGGGUGGCUUCGUUAGCCGUCUGGCUGUGACUCGCCACUGGCGUUGGAGAGGAGAAGGGAUGAAGUACAAAUCAGUAAAGUUUGUCAAUUAUGGCUUUCUGUUUCUGAGUACACCGCACAGCGGUACUAACCUAGCCAACUUUUCUGACUUGGCCCUUGACUUUGCUUCGUUGAUGGCAGGUGUGCGCACGAAACUGGUCGAAGAAUUAAGA